AUUGAAUUAUAAAAGAUAAUGGAAAAAUAUUUUAGAAGGACUCAAACAGAAUGGCUCCAAUUGCAUGAAAAACUUCUUCAAGAUAUUCUUUUGCAGUAUGGCAAGAGAAUACCUUUCGUUGGCUUUUUGAAUCUUUCUUCUGAUUAUCAGGGAUUAAUGCUAUUAAAGAAGGUGUCUGGCUUGAGCCUUGCAAGAGUCUUUAAUAGCACUAUUUUUGAAAUGUCUAGUAAAAGUAUUAAAACCAUUAAGAAAGUAAUGAGCAAGUCUUCAAAUGUUAGAUUAAUUAUUAGCCAAAUAAGGGGGAGCCCAAAGACUUUAAACAGCCAAAAGAGGUUACUUCCUGCUUUGAGCAAACUCUCAUUGAAGAUGACCAAUAAAAUCUCUCUUUCAACAUGGAAUAUUAAUCAAAAGCAGCUGAAAAGAAUCUUCUCAGCUGUCAGAAGUAUUCCAAAAGUUGAGUUUGUUGACUGAACAAUUGCGCUUUCAAGUACUCCUGAUUUUACCAAAUGCUUUACAUUGACUAAGAUAUGAAAACUCAGGUUUAUAGGUUGAGGAUCAAUUCCUGACAGAGGUUGGGAAGAGCACCCAGAACAGUUCGAGUAUCUUAUGAGCGGCCUCUCAACUUCUGGUCUCAAGAAUAGCUUAAAAACAUUUUCGAUACUGUGGUCAAAUCUGACCAAAGAAUAUUUGAUGAGAGUCAUUAGCAAGUACGAAUUUGAUAACAUAAGGUUUGGUGGAGAUAUUUAUAUUCCUCCCACAGAUUACAGCACCUAAGGAAUAUUCUC